GCGUCGUCGUCAUCGCUGCCAGCACCGGCCACUGUGCAGCCGGACCCUAAUGACCCGCGGCUACGCCGAUACAGCUCGUACAAGUCCGAACGGGAGUUGUACGCGCAGUUCGAGCAGCGGAAGAGCGGCGUGGCUCCUCCGGCGCCGACCGAGUCGACGCACUCGCACCCGACCAACCCGUCGUUGAAGUACAAGUCGUACCCGGCACCAGCGCCUAACACUUCGUACACAGCGCCGCCACAGGCUCAAGCCAUGUACAACUCGUUCGUGCAGCCUUCCGCCCCCAAGGCCCCGCAGCAGCCCGUGCCGCCCCUCCCGCCGUCUGUGAAGGGCGCGGAGAUGAAGCAGGUGUACUCGGAGGUGAUGAACUUCGUGCAGUCCAAGUGCCCCUACGCCAACCUGCAGGUGUUCAAGGACAACUGCCGUCUCUUCGGCCAGGACGCCAUGUCUCUGGACGCGUUCUUCAGCUACCUGCUCUCUAUUUGCUCGCACACCCAGAUGAAAGAGCUCGUGCCCCAGCUCGUCCGGCUGCUGCCCACGCAGGAGAAGCGUGAGCGCCUUUGGGUACGUCGAUGUGACCGCUACUUGAAGAUUCUGUGUAUCCAUCCAUUCAUGCUGACUCACUUUUGACUACCAUUUGUUUUAACAGACGCUGUACGUGCGCGAGAUUCUGCUGAUCAAGAUCUAAGGACAGCAACAUGAUAAUCAUCAACGCACAUGAAAUGGAGAGACGACAAGGAUUUAGCAUCGACAAGUGAAAGGAACUGAUAGCAGUAUGCAGAUGCAGUGUACUGUACUGUGCCACGACGAAUGUGGCGCCAGGAAGUGCUGUUUAUUAAUUCCAAAUGACUCCUGAUUUCAACUUUCCUCCUUAAUCUUGGUUCUUCUUAUUAUUUUUGUAGAAGUUGCUGGAUUGAAGCGACGCCGACUUUAUUGCAAUACUAUCUUGAUCCGAAAGCUGCGGCCAUGAUCCUGACGCAAGAGGAAAUCGAUGCGUGCCGCGAGUCCUUCGUGCACUUUGAUAAAGACGGCAGCGGCACUAUCGACAAGUACGAGCUGUCGAAGGUGCUGGAGGCCAUGGGGCAGAAGCCGACAGACGAGGAGUUGUUCCAGAUGAUCGCAGAGGUCGACAACGACCACAGCGGAGAAAUCGAGUUUGCUGAGUUUCUGCAGGUGAUCGAGGCCCAGAAGCUGCGCGCUGCGCAGUUCGACGACGAGUCCGACUUCAUCGACGCAUUUGUAGCUUGUGGAGGCAACGCUGACAAGACAGGUCACGUGGAACGUAAAAUGCUGGUGCAACUUAUCAAGAAGGACUUUGGCCUACCUAUUGACAUUGACCGGAUGCUGGACGAGUUGGACACCGACGGCAGCGGAGAGAUCGAGUACGAGGAGUUCAAGGCGCUGCUAUCAUAGACUGAGACUGAAGGCAAAAUGGGCACUCGCAUUAUUAUGAAAGCGAGACAAAAAAAUCAAACUGAAGUCUAUGACAAAGAUAUUUUGCUUUGGAAAUGCAUCUUCUUGCGCAGCCGCUUCUUCGCGGGAACCGGCUCGAAGCCGCACGCCUCGCACUGCUGACAUGCCGGCUCGUUGAUUAAUGUACACCUGGAGCACUGCCACUCGCUAGCUGUCUCGCCAGCGUCAUCUUCAGCACUCGCACUUGCAGCAAUAGCCUCGCCGGCUGUCGAGUCGCUGUCAUCGUUACUCCGAGCAUGCUUGCCGAGACUUUCUCGCUUCCUGCCUUCACUCGCAAGUUCCUGCUCAUCCUCUGCGUCCUCCUCCUCAUUGUCUGAGACGACAAUUUCUUCAGUAGCGCUCUGGAACUCGGACGUUGCGUCAGGUGAAGCAAACGCCGGUGCAAUCGCCCGUUUGGCCUUUGCCUUCGCCUUGGUCGGUGUCUUGACUGCGCCGCUGCGGCCCCUGACUGCUGAUUCUCUCUCAGCCACAGCACGGGCAACGCCCCCCAAAUCAUCAUAGCGAUUCGCAGGUGACUGCUCCUGCACGAGUGGGGACGGCAACUCCAC